AAUAAUCCCAAUUUACUGACUUACUCCAUUGACCCAAACACAAUAUAUUCCAAAUUUCUUCCAUAUUCCUUCCCUUUCUGUCUUCCGUCCUCUUUUUCGAAGCAAAGGCUAAAUGGCUAAUUGAUUCACUCGGUUGAACUGAACAAUAUUUUUCAGGGUGAUGGGGUUUUAGUUAUUCCUACCGUUAUUGAUCUACUUCCAAAAACUGGUUCAAAGGAGAUUCAGUCCAUGGAUUUUGUAUUUAGAGCUUCUAUGUUUGCUAGCAUUGCUAGCCUCGCAGGUGGUUGCCAGGCCACCAUACCUCGGGGGUUUCACGAUAAAUGCCCAGUUUCGGUCUCCUUUGUAGCAAGGCACGGGGGUGAUAGGUUUUUAUUGGAUGCAGUACAUUCUCUAUAUGCGUCUCUGCAGGAGCAGGCAGAAUUAGCUGCACGGACAAAAUGCUCUAGUACUACUAUCAGUAAGGAAGUGUCAGCUGAGAUGGCUAAAGAAAAGGGAAACCAAGCGUUUAAAGAGAAACAGUGGCAGAGGGCGAUUGGCUUCUAUACAGAGGCUAUCAAACUCAAUGGCGAUAAUGGAACUUACUAUAGUAACCGGGCUGCAGCAUAUCUGGAACUUGGAAGCAUCAUUCAAGCCGAAACAGAUUGUACUAAAGCCAUCGAACUUGAUAAGAAGAAUGUAAAAGCAUACUUUAGGAGGGGAAUAGCGCGAGAAAUGCUUGGCUACUAUAACCAGGCCAUAGAAGAUUUCAGAUAUGCACUGGUGCUUGAGCCAACCAACAAGAGAGCAGCCCAGUCUGCGGAGAGGCUGACAAAGCUGUUCCAGUAGGGGGAGGGGGGGGGAGGGGGAGGAGGUGCUUUGUUAUUAGAGGAACAGAAUUGGUGGCAGUUGAUAGUUGGUUGAUACAUUCUUAUGUUUGCCGAUGAGAGGAUAGAUACCCUUGCAAGCAACGUGGAAGUUCCGGAGCGAUUCAGCAUUAGUUUUUGCAGUUCUAUAUCUUUCUUGAUCAGAUGAGUUUGUAAUUAUAGUGCAAUUUUGGGCUCAAUGCUUUGGUUUGAGCUUUUGAACUGCAUGGAUUAUCGAAAGAACUUUUGAUUUUAAGCCUUCUAACGCAAGCUUUAAAUUGGUUGCUCUUUAAGCGAUAAUAAUAAUUUUGGAUGUAGACAUUAUUCGCCUUUGAAGGUGAAAUGGCCUUUACUUUAGUGUAUAGAUCAUGCCUGCAGAAGUGUGAUGUGGAAUGAGACUUAUCAUUACUCAUGUAAUGACUUGAAACUCUAAUAGUGG